CUCACGUGCAGCUUGUAGGAGCCUUCAACGUGUGGCUGGGAGUGAGUAUGCAGAUAGGAACGAAAAUAAUAAUCUUCAAAAACACAAUGGGCUCUCUACGUAACAAGCAUCGAGGAGCAGGAAGUGAGUGUGGAGUAUAAAUAUACUGUGUUCUACACCGAGUUAAAUCCACUGACGGUAAUUGUUAUGUAACCAUUGUUUAACUUAUAAAAAUGAUAUAACCUUAAUAUACGAGUAUAGAUAUUAAAUAUCAAGGCUGUUACCAUAGAGACCAGCCUGCUAUACAUUUUGAUAUAAUGUUCUAUAUUUCGCCAGAUGGUGUAAGAAACUGUUAGUAUUUGACCUUAAUCAUAAUCUAUUGAUUGCUAAUCCUCAACAUGUUAACGCCUUCCAAAAAAAAGUAUCAGUAAGGGAUCUGGUGGGGGGUUCUGGAAGGUAAAUCUGAGAGGGGGUUUCAAUAAGGGGAUCCUAUAGACUAGAGGGUGCUCUGAUUGGGGUUUUCUGGUAGGGAGAUCUGGUGUGUGUUCUGGUAGGGAGAUCUGCUGGGGGUUCUGGUAGGGAGAUCUGCUGGGGAGGUCUGAUGGGGUUCUUUUAGGGGGUUCUGGUAGGGAGAUCUGAUGGGGGUUCUGGAAGGGAGAUCUGAUGGGGGUUCUGGUAGGGAGAUCUGAUGGGGAGGUCGGAUGGGGUUCUUUUGGGGGGUUCUGGUAGGGAGAUCUGGUGGGGGUUCUGGAAGGGAGAUCUGAUGGGGGUUCUUGUAGGGAGAUCUGAUGGGGGUUCUGGUAGGAAGUUCUGAUGAGGUUAUUUUAGGGGGUUCUGAUAGGGAGAUCUGAUGGGGGUUCUGGUAGGGAGAUCUGAUUGGAGUCCUGGUAGGGAGAUCUGAUGGGAGUCCUGGUAGGGGGAUCUGAUGGGGAUUCUGGUAGGGGGAUCUGAUGGGGGUUCUGGUAGGUGAUCUGAUGGGGGUUCUGGUAGGGAGAUCUGAUGGGAGUCCUGGUAGGGGGAUCUGAUGGGGAUUCUGGUAGGGAGAUCUGAUGGGAGUUCUGGUAGGGGGAUCUGAUGGGGGUUCUGGUAGGUGAUCUGAUGGGGGUUCUGGUAGGGGGAUCUGAUAGGGAUUCUGAUAGGGAGAUGAUGUUGGUUCUGGUAGGGGGUUCUAGGUGUAUCCAUUGCUAUAAUAGGAAUUUUCUAGCAAGCACAGUAUUUCAUGUAAAUUUAAAAGACUUUAGGGUAAAAUCACCCUAAAAACAGGAAGAACUAAGACAAAGGUUCGUCACUAAAGUGAAAAUUCAAAUUCCCUCCAGAGUAGCCAAACUGAAAGCAUGACUUACUUGGAGAAUUUUUUAACUUAAAUUUGAAAUUCUAACUUUAGUAAAAAUCCCUGAUAAAAUUCUGUUAGCACAAUCCCUCAUUUCUUGUCACAAGUGCUAUAUGUCUGUUCGAGACCAGAAGCUGUGACACGCGUCGGCUAAACGAGUCGGUCUAUUAACCACAACAGUAAAUAAAUUCUCUAAACUACGGCUUCUGUAUUUAACAACCAAAAGAGGAAGAAACAUGUCGUUGGUGAAAAGUAGCUCAUUUAAUACAAACCGCAAGCACAUUAUGAUGAGUUUUAAAUUAUAUAAAAAAUGUCCUGGACAGGAAAGAAUGAAAAAAUACGCACUAAACUGUAUCUUGUGGAGAACUGACAGCAAAUUGAACAUUUUAUGCAGGGAGAUAAUUUUUAAUAGAAUAACUUGGAUACUACAACAUUCUUGGCUAUAACCCUGAAAGUUGCAGGGUGUAGUGGAUGCAGAUACCCAUCUCUCAGACCGAGGUCCUUUUAACAGAAAUUCACCAUGAUGUAGCCUUUUCAGGCCCAAAAAAGUAAGUGGAUUUGAGAUAAGGAUUCUGUGACACCAUUAGACGUGCAUUGUGAGCCAGCGUCGUUAUGAAAGUGAGUGCAAGAGGAAGUUUCAAUUUCUGUUUCUGUAUGAGAUUACAUUUCAGUCAGCGUUAUGGGGUAAGGGUUUUAUAAAGUGGAACUGUCACAUCGUCACAACUCCGUAACCAAGUGUUAUGUGUGAGUUUUAUAUUUUUUUCAUUUUGAUUUUUAAUUGAGGUUGUAUGCCAGGCUGUGUGUCACGGUCCCCAGCUCACCUGACCGGCACGACCGCACCAACUCACUGAGCUUACCUGCUCAGCGGCGAGCCGGGAACCGCUCCUCCACGCCGCUCGGGGAAAUACAAGAUGGCGCCGACCAUGAGGUCGCGUCCAUCCAUGGCUCCACCCCCCAAAAUUAUACAAACGUGUGCGUGACGUCACGACGUCAACGCACGCGCACGUUCUGUGGUCAGAGGUCACCCUCUGACCAAUCAGAGCCUAGAAAGGGAUAUUUAAGUCCCUAAUUCACCCCAGUACCUUGCCCUGUCGUGGUUUCCUGUUCCUGGUUCCCUAGAGUGCGUUUAUCUUUGUGAAUAUUGUUUCCUGGUAUCCUGAUCUUGGCUUUUCCCUGGUUAUUCCGAAUUCUGAUUCCCCUGACUUGGCUUGUUUAAACGGUAUCUGAGUAUUUCUGGCUUCGUUGACCUCGGCUUUCCCAUUAACCAUUCUCUAUCCCUAGUGUAUUAGUCCGGCCAUUCUAAGGUCCGGUUUACGCUCUGUCCUUUUAUUUCCUUUCCUUUUUUAUGCAUAUAUUUACAUAGUUUCUGCGUGAUGGACCACACUAGCAGCCAUAACACUCUGUUGGCACGGAGCAAUCCACUCAAAUUAUGGUACACACUUGUUUACCACCUUGGAAGGAAUGAAUGAACAUGUGUGCUUUUACAGCAAUUCUCCCCAUAGGGUCAUUGCCGUGAAUACAGAAGAGGUAAGUAGGCUUAUUACUUACCUCCGUUGCACUGCUCACACCAGUAUUUCUUCAAUGGCGCACUGCCCAAUAUCGGUGUCCCGUGAUACUGGAUGAAAAUAGAGGGGUAAAAAGGUGUGGGCUGUGAUACGUAUCACAUCAAUUGGGCCACCGACGGGGCUCAGAACAACCUGGAAAGGGGGAAAAAAACUGGCAGAUCACCAACCCAACAGACUGGCUUACCAAGGGUAACCCAUGCAGACAGCACUGUUUCUGGGCUUCAUUUUCUGAGAACAGUUGCCGGCUGUCUCCAAAAGUCAGGACGGCGGGACUGUCCCGCCAAACUCAGGGCGGUCGGGAGGUCUGCAACCGAGUUUACUGGGUUGAGGGAUCAAGGAGCUGACAGUUUCAGGUUAAGUAGAUGAAGAGAUCGAUUUGCAUUGUAUUUAGUGAAGAAGACGUGAGGGGUACCUGUAGGAAAUGGCAUUACAGGAAACACGGUUUGUGUCAGGGAUUUGCAUUAGAUCAAUACUUACUGAAAUACAAGUGUUGGCUAAGGCAAAAGAGAUACCAGAACCUCUUACACAAUUCAAUCUCUGAAUGGGUUACAUUCUAUCUUUUCCUGGCAAAGGAAACAUUUACUGGGGUGAGGAAAGUAGUGAAGGUAAGUAUAACACUUGCCAAUAGUGAUGUCCCGAACGGUUCGCCGAACUGUUCGCGAACGGUUCGCGAACGGUUCGCCACGGACUCAUCAUUGAGUAAACUUUGACCCUGUACCUCACAGUCAGAAGACACAUUCCAGCCAAUCAGCAGCAGACCCUCCCUCCCAGACCCUCCCACCUCCUGGACAGCAUCCAUUUUGAAGCUCCAUUCUUAGUGAGCUGUCCAGGAGGUGGGAGGGUCUGGGAGGGAGGGUCUGCUGCUGAUUGGCUGGAAUGUGUCUGCUGACUGUGAGGUACAGGGUCAAAGUAUACUCAAUGAUGAGUCAGCGGCGAACCGUUCGUGGAGAACCGUUCACGAACCGUUCGGCGAACCGCUCGGGACAUCACUACUUACCAACAGUCCCGGGUUCAGCAGGACAGUCCUGAAUACGGGCUCCUAUUAUGCCACAUUUUCAGACAGCAUUGCUCCUAUUGGUCCAAUUACUAUGUGCAGCAGGUCCAAUUACUAUGUGCUACCAAUGUUGUGAGGUAGGUCACACUGAUCCAAUUACUAUGUGCUACCAAUGUUGUGAGGUAGGUCAUAUUGAUCCAAUUACUAUGUGCUACCAAUGUUGGGAGGUAGGUCAUAUUGAUCCAAUUACUAUGUGCUACCAAUGUUGUGAGGUAGGUCAUAUUGAUCCAAUUACUAUGUGCUACCAAUGUUGUGAGGUAGGUCAUAUUGAUCCAAUUACUAUGUGCUACCAAUGUUGUGAGGUAGGUCAUAUUGAUCCAAUUACUAUGUGCUACCAAUGUUGUGAGGUAGGUCACAUUGAUCCAAUUACUAUGUGCUACCAAUGUUGUGAGGUCAUACAGUGUGUUAAUACAAAGGGACAGAGCAAAGAUUCCUGGUACGGUGAGUCAAGAUCUUAGACAAUGCAACUAUUAUUUCAAAGUAGAUCAAUCUCUGAAUUCAUCGGACACAGUUUUAACUCAAUCUAUUAAAAUCCAUGAAAUUCUCUGCAGAAUCUUGUGAAAGGAGGUUGUUAACCGUUACUACAAAUAAAGUAAAACCACCAUUAAUAGCAAUAAAACAGAACGGCAGAGUUUAUUUGUGUUUAAAAACAAGCACAGCUUGGGUGAUGUAUGAAUGUUUUUUUUGGAACCCAGAUAACCCACUUCCUCUGUAUGUGAGCUCUCGCUUCAGUGGUUACAAAAUAAGCUGAAAACCUAUAGUGCAGAGCUAUUUAAAUGUACGCCCUCGAUUUGAAUGGCGUAUAGAUGUGAAUGCAGAGGGAUUGACUUUUUCUCCCCCCCCCCCCCUUAUUUCUAGGUUAUUCAAUACCUCCCAAUUGUACUGGGUUAGAAGGACAGUCUGGGCGAAAUUUAAUCCAAUCAGGGAGGUGCGAGUGCACAGUUAUCCACGUCCAAGUCAAGUUUAGUAAUCUCACUGCACUAUGACGAUAGGGAGAGCAUUCAAAAGCGGUCUGCACAUGGUCUGCCCUGAGUGGGCUGGACUCUUGUCAACCCCACCCCCUUAUCAGGAAACCCAACCCCUUUUACAUUAUCAUUGCCCUCUAUAUAUGUAACACAGUGCUUUAUGAUGACAUAGCGGGAAUAUAUAAUAGCGAGUAAUUAACAGACAAAACGUGUCGAGAGAGCAGAAGCAGAUCCUGUGCUAAUGAGCUUACAAUCUAAAAUAUAAUUAUCUGUGAUGCCCUUUCUUACAUCCUACAGCAUACAGCUUGAUUUACUAAGCUGUGUAAAGAGCCACUCUGCCGUUAACCCGAGUUAUGCUGGUAAUUCUCAGAGGGUGAUUCAUUGGUUUAAAGCAUUCAUCUGUCGCUCCCAGUCAGACUUCCCAAUAUUAGACAUAGACGCUUCAAUUUUAGGGUUGUAAGUGGGGGUGUUGCAAGGGGUGAGGCUGUUUUCGGAGAAAUUUUUGAUGACUUACUAAUAACAAUUUAUAAAACUAAAAUGUAAUGUAAGUCAAAUGCAGGAAGGUGUGACUAGAGCUGUAUAAAGAAAGUGAUUUAACUCCUAAAUGGCAGAGGAUUGAGCAGUAAGGCUGCAGGGGCAUGUUCUAUACACCAAAACUGCUUCAUUAGGUUAAAGUUGUUUUGGUGACUAUAUUGUCCCUUUAGGAGAGAAAAGAGCGGCAGAUUGAUUUGGGUCUAAAAAGGGACACUUGGGAAGUGUAGUCAAUGUAUGAAUGGCUGGAUUGGCAAAGCUGCUGAAGUCGAAUGCUAGUUCAUCUUAAAUGAGAGGAGGUUCGGCACACGGGGACCCAAGUAAGAGGCAAACAGUUGCAAGAUAGUUCAACAAUACUAGCCGAAGGUCUGGACAUCCUCUCGCCCUUAUUUAACAUUAAGCAGCCAGGUGAUAGAGCAUCUCUUGGCUCUAUUAACCCAUUAUAUUUCACCAGAUACCCCAUCUAGUGGCGGAAGGGGGAAGGCCACCCCUGGUAUUAUUGAGGGCCACUAUUUAAAUAACUCUAAUAUUAUUAUUAUUACUAUUUUAAUUAUUUCUCUCUCUCUUUAAUUAAAUGCUGUGUUCGCACAGACCCCGGGCCCCCGGCAUCUAUUAAUUUACCAGUUUUACUUUUACUUUAAAUGUCACAGGAUAGAGCAGAGCCUCAUGGCAUUGACACAUGAAGGGUUAAUUCGACUGGCGCAGUGCAUCGCCUUGACACUAUUUAUUUCUCAAAUUGCUAUUUGUUCAUUUUAUUUUUAAAUUAAUUUUACCAUGGUGCAAAAAAAACAAAAACAAAACAAGACAUGAACAUUCAGACAAAGUAGCUUCUACAAAAAAUCUGGAUUAAGUUCUCCCCAAUGUCUGAGAGCUCCCCACUGUAACAGUAACAGAGCCUGUAGUAUCAGCUCAGACUAGAUCCACCUUUAUACAGACUGCAUUCUAUUGGCUGAUUCUCACCUCCCACUGCCUAGUCUCUCUGUUACUGACUGUCAGUGAGACAGAUACAGCAUUCAGCCCAGGAGUCACUGAAAGGUAAGAGACUCAUUCCUCAUCUAGAAUCCUGCCUUUAUUAUAUCAAGGAGAUUGCAAUUCCCCUGCAGCAAGCACUGUGUGUGCAGCCAUGGACCCCACACUGUCCCACAGAGCUUGCACUCUAAAUUCUGCUGGCCCCUUCAUUCUUUAUUGUGAAUAAUUCUCCACUUGCCCAUAUCAGCACAGUUUAUAAUCUAAAUGAAUAAUGGUGAAAUGACAAUAUUUGCUAAAUUUAGGUCUAUAUAUAUAUAUAUAUAUAUAUAUAUAUAUAUAUAUAUGUGUAUUUUUUUGCACCUUAAUGCAGUUUAACUGUUUACUAAGAACCCACUUAUUGACACUGUCUAUCUGAAACCCAACUCUAUGUGGCCAGCUUUGUACCUGGGGUGACGUGUGAUUGAGGGGUGCAGGCUGCAGGUAAUGCUGAGGGGGAGCAUUUUAUUAUUAACUAUUAUUGGCUAUUCACAAAAUGUAAUUUAAAAAUGAAUUUUAAAAUGUUUAUUCAAAAUAGCCAACUGGAAAAAGGCAUUUAUGAUAUCAUAAAUUAUCAGAAAUUGUGAAAUUCUCUUUGAAUCCCUGACAAUCCUCACAAUAUAUUGAAUUCCUUCUGUCCCUGUUAAAUAACUGCUGGAAACCAAACAUGUUAUGGAAUAAAGUGUCUCAAUGCUAUUUAAAGUCUAUUUUCGUAUCCUUCCUUAUUCUUAAACCUCACAGUCCCCCUUAACCCUUUCAGAACAACCUCUUCAUAUUGCAAUGGGUUAAACUGAUCCUUAAUAUUUAAUAACAAUUUUGGAAAAAGUGCUAUUUAUUAAAUACAGGGGUGCGUUAGCUAAAUAAUUAGUUGUGGUGAAUUUAAUAUUUUGGACUUUAGAUUUUCUUUUAGAUUUUCAGUUCCCAGUUUAGUAAAUAAACCCUUAAAUUCUUGCAGGCAAUAAAAAUGUGAGCCAUGUAAAACAUUCAGUUAAACCUGUUUACAAAUCUAUGACCUAUAUAAUUGCCUAUAAGCUGAGCAGAUAAGUAAUGAACUAUUACUGAAGGUAAAUUUAAAGGGGAAAUCCCUGGGGAAUUAGAUAUUUUGUGAUCUCUGCGUAUCAACUAUUUCCAUCCGAAUUCUACACUACCCUAUAGGUUGGUGCCUUAUUAAUAAUUUAUAAAGCAUGGGGUUGUUGCAUAAUUUAAGGAUUGGAUUGAGCUCUAGAAGGCAUUAGGACAACUGCUACAUAAUUAUCUACAAACAGGCCUAACCUGUUACCUGUUUUAGAUAUUUAAAUGUUGUAUGAAUGAUGCCCAGCAGUGUUCCAGCUACAGAGUGUGGAAUUGAAAUACCUCUGUGGUCUCUAUUUUGAGACACUGGGUAACAGAAUGACACACUGCUGCAAGUUCACUAGGUGACUUAUAAAGGUCAUUUAGAGUAACGUGUAUGAUUAACCCUUUCAAGUUGGAUUUUUUUCGUAAACCAAGUAGGAGUGUAUUCUGCACUAUAGAUUUACAGGUAUAUAAUAUCCCAUAGUUUUGUAUUACUACGUGCUGCGUAGAAAAUGUUAGAACAGAGGCAUUUAAACCAUACCGUCACAUUCAAUAGGUACCACAAACCGGUUCGGGUGCCUCAGUUCUAACAUAAUAAACCCAGCACGUACCAAUACAAUCAAAGAAAAAGGUACCUGCGCUCUCUCCUUAAUCCCUAUGUAGAUUUAAACAAAUGGAGGUCAUUUAGUUUCUCCAAUGGCCAUUGGAGGGAAUGCCUACCUGCCGACGUCAAGGCAGACCAUCCUAAGCGGGUCCUACUCUGACCCUUCAGCUUGCUUCCUUGGGCUUCUGGCAAAUAUAUCUCUGAGACAGAGAGGGGUAUUUUUGGGUAACUAAAAGACCUCCAUUUGUUUAAAAAAAACAUAGAGAUUUAGGAGAGAGCGCAGGUAACUUUUUCUUUGUUUUUUUUCUGUAUGUAUUAGGGCUGAUGUGUACUGUAGUCAUUGCUGCUGGCCCAGUAGUGAUGGGAGUGAGCGCAGGACCUAUCUUUUUGUAUUUGUAUUCACUUUUUGUAUCACACAGCUAUGUUACAAUGCUGCCGCCCAUCCCAUGUGUUCCCUAUUAAGGGUUACUAAGCAUGUAGGGGUGUAUAUAAAAAAUACCCCUCUCUGUCUCAUUAGAGAUAUCUUUGCCAGAAGCUCAAGGAAGCAGGCUGAAGGGUCAGUGUAGGACCCGCCUAGGGGUGUUUGCCUUUACGUUGGCAGGUGGGCAUUCCCUCCAAUUGCCAUUGGAGUAACUAAAUGACCUCCAUUUGUUUAAAUAUACAUAGGGAUUUAGGAGAGAGCGCAGGUACUUUUUUCUUUGGUUGUGAGUGAUGGGAGUGAACGCAGGACUUAUCUUUUUGUAUUCAUACUAAUACAAACUAUGGGUAAUUUCAGAGAUAUCUGCUGGCUUGUUUGGGAAUAAAGUUCCCCAAAGUACCUGCAGAUUGUACAUAUUAUGACUCUGGGUACGGUCGCCCCACUAAAGCCAGACUUCUUUACUGUAUAGUGCACCUGGGCUUUGCAGUGGGCCAGAGUCCCCUGUUCCAUAUUCAGCACCUAACUGUCUUUGUGGCACUGUAGUUUUGUGCCACAUGGGUUCUUGUAAGCACCAGAGGAAGGAAGUCUUGCAGCGCCCCCUAGAUUGGAUCUGAACAUCUUCAUCUUGGAAUGCAUUCUGUUGAUCAUUAGAAUGUCACUAUAUCCUUCGUAGCCAAUCAGAACUUUUAUUUAUUUUCUAAUUAGAUUGCACCACCACCUGUAAAACUUCAUUUUUUUUUAUCGCCAAAGUGUACUGCACUCCGCCAAUGUAAGUGCAGUCCGGGAAUCUAAUGUGCAUGCGUGGUGGUGAGCGUCAGGGCACAUUAGUCCAUCCCCAUAGGAAAAUACUGAAUCAAUGCUUUCCUAUGGUAUUUUCCAACAUGCUGAAUGUUCUCAUGCAAGAAGCACCUCCAGUGUUUGUUUGGUAGACCGCCACUAGAGGCAGUCUUAACCCUGAAAUGUAAACUACCAUUUCUCUAAACCUGGGGCACUGCACGCAGACCACAUCAAUGAGAUGAAAUAGAUUGGGUGCCUAUAGCGUUCAUUUAAAUUUAAGCCAAACUCUUUUCCUAGGUGUGGCUGUAUGCCCCCUUUACCUGCUUGAACCCCACAGUGCUUGAAAUCUCUAAUUUCUCAACCAGUUGCAGUUUGCGUUCACUUUAGUUCUGCACCCACAGCUGUGCGCCCCUAGCCGUGGCAAUGGGUAGAGGCAUACAAAGAUACUUCUGGCAAAAUAGCGUCCUGUCCCCACCAUCACUGGGUCUCUAAACUCGGCAAACUUCUUCUAGGUAGUAGCCCCGACUGUGCUGUCAUUGUACGAUAGGUGAUCUGUUAUCAUACAGCCCUGUUCGUUGUCCUCGCGGUAUAUUAUGCAGCUUUUACUAUGCAUUUCACAGUGUCUACUGUCCCAGUCGCAGUAUUUAUAGUCCCCACUGCAGUAUGCUCCUCUCAUUCCAUACUUUGUGAAAGCUAAUCGUUACCACCAGACACUUAUAGAAGUAAAGCUUAUGUGACGCGGUGACGGCAGUCAGUGGAUAACAGCCGCUGUCAGCUGUCUCCCUGUAUAAAUUCUGUGGUCAGCGUAAUCCCUGCGUUAAUGUUACUGUUUGCGUUCCGGUGCGUUGCUGAGCACUGGAAGUUCAUCCAAUUGGCUGUUAUAAUGCAGAAAUUUAAACACAGGGCUUUUUAAAAAUAGUUUUGGUGAUUAUUACAGUUUUAUAUUUACAAAACAAAAACUGCAACCAUACAAAAUGUAUUGACUCAUACAAAUCAUGUGCUGAGGAAUCCAGCAGUUUCAUUGCUUGUUUACAUGUCAAGAGGCCAUUUGCCGGGAUUACAGAAAUGGCAAUCUCACUUCUCCAUGCACGUUUCUCUGCUCUGCGAGAUUAAUGGCUUAUAGACAGCUUCUACCCACAAUACCAGGUCAGUUGGAACACUGGGCACCACUAACAUACUGUACCCAUAGCUAAAACACUGGGCACCACUAACAUACUGUACCCACAGCUAGAACACUGGGCACCACUAACAUACUGCACCCACAAUACCAGGUCAGCUAGAACACUGGGCACCACUAACGUACUGCACCCACAGCUAGAACACUGGGCACCACUAACAUACUGUACCCACAAUACCAGGUCAGUUGGAACACUGGGCACCACUAACAUACUGUACCCACAGCUAGAACACUGGGCACCACUAACAUACUGUACCCACAAUGCCAGGUCAGCUGGAAACCACUAACGUACUGUACCCGCAAUACCAAGUCAGGUCAGCUAGAACACUGGGCACCACUAACAUACUGUACCCACAGCUAGAACACUGGGCACCACUAACAUACUGCAUACUGAAAGACUACAGACACUCAGUAACAGUGAGUAACAAGUCCAGAGAGCUAAUUACCUGUGGGAUAUCACUGAAAUGUAACUAACAUGUUUUAUUACACAUAUUUAGGCACUUCUAACGUAUUGUACCCACAAUACCAGGCCAGCUAGAACACUGGGCACUGCUAAUGUACUGUACCCACAAUGCCAUGCCAGCUAGGACACUGGGCACCACUAACAUACUGUACCCGCAACUAGAACACUGGGCACCACAAAUAUCUUUAUGUGAGCAUGGGAGUAUGUAUCUGUGUGUGUAUACCUGUUUGUAUCUGCGUGUAUGACUGUGCAUAUCUGUUUGUAUCUGCGUGUAUGACUGUGAAGAAAAUAACCUCAUCACUGGCUUUUGGAGGAGCCUGUUUGCCAGCCUGUGAUUAUGGCUCUGUGACAAACUGAACCUUGUCAAGGGUUCUUGGAGGGGCCUGCUGGCCAGCCUAUUGCCUCAGGACUAUGGGCCCUGCAAUAUACCUUGCCCAAUGCACUUUAAAACAUGUUCAUGUGAAGUAUGUAGUUUUGUACUCCAGACAGAGAGACCGACUGUUAGCCCCAAUUCUCUGGAACUGUUUUGGGCAUGGGACCAUGUGCACGGUGGGUCAGAAAUAAGACUUCCAGGAAUUUCCUGAACCCCUGCUCUGAUCUGGGUGAUUUUUGGAUAUGUUGUUCACCCCGAUCAGGGCUAUCAGGGUAUGUAAGGAUUUAUGGGGAUAUGUUGUGUUUUGGGGUACUUUUGGGGUUUUGUAAAAUGUGUUUUUUAUGCUUGGGGAUAAUUACAUUAUCUAUCUUAAUUGUAUCACAGGCAGAGGGGAGGGAUUUUGUGCUGUAUGUGGGAGUGUCAGGCAUUGUUACAUUGUUUCUAUUGGUCUGUACAAUUUGUGUCCUGUGCCCCAUCAGGUCCAGUAGGUGUGCCUCUGGCCUGAAAAGUUGUAUAAAAAUCCAACCUGUACCAUUAAACUCUCAGAUCAUCUUGCACCUUCAUGAAGUUUCGGCUCAUGUUUGGGGGAUUGGAGAAACUACACUCUGGGGAUUGCUAUAAUCACUAUACUCCCCAGGGUAUAAUCACUAAGAGCUGUUCCUGCUUGACUCUCUGGAGCGAGAGAGGUUCACCCACUGGAACUUGGAGCCUUGUCGUAGGUCCAGGGUGGGUAGGAGACAGCGAGACCCCAACCAAGCUGCGGUGGUUCGUGGUGUUUGCAGUGGUUAUGGUGCUCGACGCAGCUUCCUAGUACUGAGUGACGGAGGUACCCGGUCGGGGUGCAGUCGGUCCGUCACAAUGACUGUGUAUCUGCGUGUAUGUCUGUGUAUAUCUGUGUGAAUCUGCGUGUAUAUCUGUGUGAAUCUGCGUGUAUGUCUAUGUGUAUGACUGUGUGUAUCUGCGUGAAUGACUAUCUGCGUGUAUGUCUAUGUGUAUCUGAAUCAGGGGCCAAGAAGCAUGUCUUGCAGGUGUUAAAGAUUGAGCUUUGGAAGGAGUCACUAUAUUUAGUUAUGGGCUAAAAUCCUGACACAACAGUGAAAUUAUAUUCUUGGUCUAACAUGUCUCUACUUCUUCCAGGAUGUCAGCGGGAAAGGGCCAAGUGUACGUUGUGACGGGAGGAUGCGGAUUCCUGGGAUCCCACUUAGUGCGCAUGCUGGUGGAACAUGGCGAAAACCUGUCCGAAAUACGAGUGUUUGAUCUCCAUUUGGAUGAAACACUACAGACACUCAGUAACAGUGAGUAACAAGUCCAGAGAGCUAAUUACCUGUGGGAUAUCACUGAAAUGGAACUAACAUGUUUUAUUACACAUAUUUAGACAGUGAGAUGCUUUCACCCCAGCUCCUCUCCCAGGAUAUCAUUAUUGAAAGGAGCUGAAUUUACAAAGCUUCUGAUGUAAUUUACAAAGCAUAAUGCCCAUCAGUCUCCGCCAUGCCUGGACAUAUUUGUUCUGAUGCUGCCCUAAGAUUUAAAGAACUUUAGCUCAAAACUUAAAAAUCAAGUCUUAUUUCAAACAUAUUGUAGACUUCUGUCGACACGCGCAGUGAGGGACACGGGCAGGGAGAGAAAGUAACUCAGUCAUAUCACCACAACUAUCCCAGAAUUCCAUGCUUUACAUGCAAAUAAGCACAGACAGGCAUUGUAUUUCAGUACCUGAAGAAAUGAUAAAAAUGACAGGAAAAAAUGACAUUAAACAUGUCAUCACGCACAUAAGCCUCAAAGCAAUCUGAUUCUCCCAAUCUUCUUGAUUGCAUCUGCUCCAAAAUCCAAUUUAGCUGCUCCAAUCCUGAAAGAAUGAGACGGAAAUUUUAUUUUAUAACCAAGUUUUUCAAAGCAAAACUUUGAGACCCUCUGGAAUUCAAAAUACUUUGAACUAAGAAUAAUAUACAACAUUCAAAACUCCAAAUAAAUCUCCUAACACCGAAUAAGUAGUGGGACUCCUUUAUACAAUUCACCAUUAACUUUAUCCUAACAAACUCAAACAGUAUGCGAGAUGGCAUUCUUCAAACAUUUAAUCUAUAUUACCAACCACUGAAUCAAUUUGGAUUUCAGGAAAUUCCAUAAUUCAUUCCAGGCUGACACAUAAACACUGCCCUGCCCUGUGUGAGUGCUUUCAUAAGAAUUGGUUAGGCUCUUCCAUGAUUAAUUGCCAAAAGCAAAUCCGCGCUCGUUUCCUCUGCAUUUGGAACGAAACUUCUUAAAGUUGAGCUGAAAACGAGAAUGAGCAUCCGCUAUUUUAUUCUCAAACACCAGUAAUAUAUGUCCUUCAACCAAAUAUUUUGUCUAAAAAAUAACAAUACUAAAUUUUGCAACAAAUUAGUAACAAAGAAACAUUUGAAAUGCAUUGACGUAAUGACACGUACCACCGACUUAUUGUCACAGUGGAACAAAAUCUGUUUAUUCUGGAGUUCCUUACCCCAGCCUAGAACUGCUGAAACAAUUGGUACCAGUUCUAGCUGGGUCAGAUUCUUGGUUAACUCUUGGUCCACCCAAUCAUCUGGAUAAUGUGCAAAAGCCCAUUUAUUGCUCCAAAAUAACUGACCCUGCUACUUCUGCAAAUAAUUGUAAUGCUUGGAGAAUCCUGAAAUUCUGUUUGCUAUAAUAAUAAUAACAAAGUAUUUAACCAGGAAAGGUACAUUCAGAUUGUUCUGGUUUCCAUGUACGUCCCGGGGAUUUUACCUUAGCCCAACAUCCAGAGGUUGUUACUAUUACCCAAUUUAAUGGUACUCAUUUUAUCUACCAUGGAAAGAUGAAGGGCUGAGUUGACCCUGAUGGGAUUUGAAGACAAAGAGUUGAAUAGAUUCAAGUGUUGAUGCAUUAUCCCACUGAGCUAUCUCACCGGCUUCAAUGAGAACAGCCAUUAAGUCCUUUUUCAAUUUCUGCCAAAAUCCCAACAAAACAGUAACACAAUUUCUUUAUUGCACAAGCCAAAGUCAUCCAUCUACAAAAAAUUCUUCCUAUAGGCAUAAUACGACCCGCAAAUGCUAAUAAGCCCAAUAUGGAAUGGAACUGAUUGACGGUUGCUUUUUUGCUGCUUGCUUGAUAAAAAUAAUUCAAUUUCAUAUACUCCUAUACUAUAACUUGAGCCUAUACCCAAAAGCAACAGAGUCAAUCGUUAAUCCUAAACUGUAAUACAUAUCACCGGACCGACAGUCUUCACAACUGCUAAAGGAAUACCAACCAACCUGACCCUCUAAACUACAGAAAAUCUCUAACAACUUAACUCUGAACCAAGUUAUCAAGAUAAUGUACAAUAGAAUAUAAACCAGUCUCAAAAUUAAAAACCCAUUCAAGGAAGGAGGAAAUGGCGUCAAAAUAAAAACAAAAUAUGGAGCAUCCCAUUGGCAGACAUUUAGCAAAACAAAAUCGAGGUAUGAAAAACCCAACGAAUUGAGACCUUCCGGGUACCCUGGCAAUAGUCUAAAGGCUGACUCAAUGUCCAUCAGUGCACUCGGACAAUAUUUAUGUACCCAGCUGAGUGCACCAAAUAGGUAUAGGACACCGUAUCCUUAAACAAAUCAUCAUUUAAUGAAUUACCAGCCGGUAAGAUAAAUGAUGAAUUAGCCUGAAUGACCCAGGCUCUGUUUUAGGAAUUAAACCCAAAGGAGACAGACGGAUAUUUACAGAAUGAGGUCAAAAGAACCCGCUAUUCUAAAUAAAGUUAACUUCUUUUACAACUUCCUACAGCUGUAACAUUCCGCAAAACAUUUAAACUUAUUAACAAAUAAACAAACAGAACCAGAAACCGUUGGAAUUUUAAAACCUUCAGCAAAACCACGAAACAAUAAUUUGUCUUCCUGUUUGAAGAUAAUGAAGAAGUCCUUCCAGAUGUACUGGCUUCCAUGGCUUUCUGAACCUGGUCUCUCCCCUGACUGGAACCUGCUGCACCUCUUUUCAGUCCAGUGAAGCUUCCUCUGUCAGGGUGCUGGGGAAAGGUUCCACAGAGGUCCAGAAGCACGGCUAAAAGCUCGCGCAAUACUCUUUAUGUGAAUUCCUUGGAUUCCUGGUAUUUGAUUUAUUUUCUGACUCCAUGUUUGAAGAAGAUGAGUUGAGACUCAGUGUGUCCACAGGCAGGGAGCUUCACUCUGUGACCCCUGCCCAUCUUUCAUGUCUCCAGGGCAUACUGCAUGUUCUUUAAAUGUAACAUAUCUCGUUCAUUCUGGAAGUUUAGAGGGUUACUCCAAACACCAUGACCACUUCAGUGAUGUAAGUAUUAAAAACGCUGCACAUAUGGAGGUUAACUGGUUGGCUGCUUCAUUGAGGUAUCAUUAGCUAGACUGGAAAAGGCAUUCUGGGCUGGCUAAUGUCAAUUUGGGGCAUAUGUCUAUGCACAGAGUUGCAGUCUUUGGCUGAGAGCAGUUUGCUGACGCUUUCGGCCAAUGAAUGUGUGGCGAAAUUAAUCUCGCCACUUGUGCUUGGAGAGGACUACUUGCCAGCCUCUUGCCAUGUGAUUAUGGUCCCUGGGAGGUUUGGCCCUUUAAAUACAAGAUUUGGGCUAAUGGAUUUAUAUUGUGCUGAUGCUGGCCCUUUAAGAACUGCAUUGUGGCUUAUGGACUUGUAUUGGACCAUGCUGGCCCUUUAAGAACCACCUGGGGACAUAUUGAGACUUUGUGUGACAAUGCCCCUUUAAGACGGUGUCCCCAGACUUAGUUUAAAUAUUUUGUUCAUUGCUAUUCUCCCACUUGGUUCGGUAAAUGGGGCUUACUGAACCAAGUACCACACAGGCGGACCACCCAGAAGUGGAAGUGUGCAGGCAAUUUACCUCCCAGGCUGGGAGCCUACUGUAGGUAAAUUGCCGAACGCUGGGGGGCCGCCAUUCGACAAACGAACAUGUGGCGGCGGCCAUCUUUAAUUCAGCUGAAGUUUUACCUUCUCCAGACUUCAAUGCAUUCGACAGUUCGAACACCAUUCGACAGUUCAUUCGACAAUUCGAAUGGUUGUCGUUCGUCUGUUUGAACUGACUUUAACAUGGGAAAUAGACCGACCGCACAGCCUGAUUCUCUGGAACAGUUUUGGGCAUGAAAAUGUGCUUAACUUAUAUCUAUCUCCCGAACGGCAGAACGGAUUCGAAUGAUUUUUGGGUAUGUUUUAUGCUGAUUCUGAAUAUGUAUGUUUUAUGUGAAUAUGAUGCAUAUUUUUAAAGUUACAGUAUUUGUGUAAAAAGUGUAUUUUUCCUGCCUGUGAUAAAUUACAUUAACCCAUUGUGUUCAGUAAUUAUAUCACAGGCAGAGGGCAGGGAUUGUAUGUUGGUGCUGGGUGUGUUUUACGGUUUUCCUGUAAAUGAUUGGUUGUACGGUGUCCCACCCUGUGGGAUGUCUCCUUGCAUUGGGACUUGCAUAAAAGCCAGUGUGUGGUCAUUAAAAUCAGAUCAUCUUGUACCUUUCUUGAAGCCUUGGCUCAUGUUUGGGGGAUUGGAGAAAUACACUCUGGGGAUUGCUAUAAUCACUAUACUCCCCAGGGUAUGAUCACUAAGCUCUGCUAAGAGCUUGUUCCUGUUUCUGCUCUCUGGAAUUCGGAGAGGUCAACCUACUGGAAGCUGGACCUUGGUCUUGGGUCCCGAGUGGGUGGAGACGGCGAGGCCUCAACCAAGCUGCGGCGGUUUGUGGGGUCUGCAGUGGUUAUGGUGUCAGGCAGAGUGCUUGGAGUCCUCGGAAAGCACUAGGAGCAUCCGUCGGCGGAAGGUACCCGGUCGGGGUGCCAGCGGUCCGUCACAGAAUGGUUUUGGCAAUUGGCUUCUCCAGUACAUCACCGGCCACAAAGGAACCUCAGGGCCCAGCUGGGACCCAGGUAAGAGGCCAAAUGUUGUCAGGCUGUAGGAAUUAUAAUGCUUGGAGAAUCCGUUUAGGAAAACAUGCUAAUACCAUUAAGUUUAUUUAAAUUAUUAUUAAAAAGUUCUGUACUACAUUUGUAAACGCAAUGUUCAUUGCAUCAUACGGGCGUGUGCCUGGCCAGUGAUGUAAACCAGCUGUGUAUUGAUGGAGGGGGAAAGCAGCAGCUAACUACAUUAAAAAAACAAGGUUAAUAAAUGCCUCUGUGUACGGAUUCCUGUCAAACAUACUCCGAAUGUUUGUGUUUUGCUACAUCCGUGCACCUCCCUCGGUGUAUUUGUAUUUAUUUUAUUUUAUGUUCCAGUUUGCUCCUCCAACAUAUAAACUUGUUUGUAUCUGAUCUCCACUUUGUCCUGCCUCAGUGAAAUGUACCAUGUCCCAAAACAUACAUUAUUUGAAAAUACAACUGAAGACAUCAAAAGAAAAAAUGGCCCACGCCAUCAUGUCUCCAUUUUAGUGUUUUUUUUUUUUUUUUUUUUUUAAUUUGGCCUUGUGGCACUGGAUCUUCUGUAAGCCAAUUUCUGGUCCAAAGACCUUAUUGAAGAAUUUCAAAUAAAAUUAUCCUUAUCUUAUUAUUAUUAUUAUUAUUAUUUGGGAUUUCCUAAGUUUUUGUGCUACUUUGUGUUUAUAUUUCCUUUUUUAUAAAGAAAGAUUUACUAAUAUAACAAGAAUGGAAGCAGGUUGGUGAAACACCGGAAAGUAAUGAUUAAUUCCUGGCAAACUUCUUACUCGGGAACUUGUCCAACGAAGCAUGUUAUUCUAGCAGAUUAUCUGGAGUUCUCCGCUAGUGGUUUCGGUGUCCCACGCCAGUUUACAAGUGUUUGGCUCAUUUUACAUAUUUGAGUUAACAUCUGUUUUGUGCCAAGUGUUUAUCAUUGGUUUUCACUUUAAAGGGUGACUCUAAGUACCAUAACAACUUUACUGCCAGAGUUAUGCUGAGCAGAGAACACUGCAUCUUUAUUGAAAUAAACAUAUAAAUAAAACUCCCAGAGUAAAAAUUUGUAUCAGGACUUUGUAUAAAUUAGGUUUAAACUGUAGUAUCAGAUAAAAGGUAGGCACGCAGUAGUCUUUGUGUAGUAUUUUGCGAUGGAAGUAUUCUGAAAUCCAAUCUAUGUAUGGAAUUCAAUGAUACUCACAUGUUUAUGGAGCAUUUAGCUGCUCCGGAGAUACAAAACCAAAUCCAUACAGAUGAGACAUUCAAGUUUAAACAUUUAGAGUAUGGGAUAAAUAGUAAGAACACGUGGACUAUACACAGAGUAAAAAUUAAUCUAAUUGACAAGUUAAAAUAUAUAUUAAAAUAAUGUGAUUAAAAUGCAGUGCACUCUGAGUUUCUAUGUGUUCGUGUUUAAAUGUUAUGAAACUACAUCAAACCAGCCACACACAGCCAGAAUAGAGGACAAUGCAAACUCAAAGUAACUCACUCAGGAUGCGUUGAGGGUCAGUGUUAAACAGGCUGCUUUAAAUUAAAGGGACAGGAAUAGCCAAUAGGUUGCUCUCCUACUAUUGUUAAACUACGGCUCCAGUGACUCUGUUUUGUGAGCUCGCUGGUGAUACCCCUUUAAUUGAGCAACUUACCUGCUCUAAACCAGAUGUCUAUAUUUCAUUAGAUGUCUCUCUGCCCCAUACAGGGCAGCAAUGGGAAAACAAUACAAUACUGGAUCUCUAGAAAGCCUAUAACGAAACCCAGCAUGAAAUUGCUACAGUAAUCGUAGACCAUAUGGUGUAGGUGUAGGCCAAAUGUCUAGUGACCUCUUUCCUACACAGUGUGAGCAUGUUUUUAUGGAGUCUUGGCACUGGGUAGAUAAAUAUCCUGUAAUUAUGAAUAAUAUUAAGACUAUUACGCAAAAGAAACCUAAAAUUGGAUGAGAUCAUGGUAAAUGAACACUUUUUGUUAUUAACAAUUUAAUAGCUAUAAUCUUUAAAAACAAACAAACAACCAGGCCAGCAGGAUUCUGGCAUAAAAAGGCAAAGCUUGGGACUGACCUGGAAAAACCUUGGCACUUGGCCCUGGUUCCGUGAGACGUUACUUUAUACAUUGUAUCCUUUUUCCAACACUGCGGAUGUGGCUACUUGAUAUUUAUGUUCGACCGGGGAGAAUAUCAAAUGUGAAAUGGAAUUUUGUUGGAAUUGAGAAGAGAAUUUCUAUUCCUUCUGAUUUAGUGAUAAACCCCGGAGUUUAUCUGUACCAGUAACUAGGUGGCUUUGGCUCCAGCAAGAGAUUAGUGAUCCACAUUCUCUUCAUACUUGUUAGUCAUGACUCCUGCUGAGCUUAUUGGGAAAUGUAGUUCACAGAGUUUUCGUUCUCCUGAACUUAAGACAGUUGCCAAGGUGGGGGGUAGAAUAUGAAGGGGAUAGACCUGUGCAAGAUCAUAGUAUCAUCAUCCGUAUAAUGUUCAGUUUUUCCAAGCAUGUUGUUAACACAUAUAAAUCUAAUCCAUCACUUACCCAUUUACUGGGAUCCUACUAAAAACUUAGAACAGCUGUGUAUGAAGCAAUAGGUAUCUGCAGACCAUAUCAUUCUAUCCUUGUGGGAGUUAUUUACAGCUCUGAUAGUGUGUGUCUACAUGGAGUCAUGUUAUAUUUUUAGAAAAUAACAUCAUAGGAUACAUAGAUACCUACAGGAAAAACUAUGGUGUAGGAGGUGAAACGCGUGGGGUCAUUUUUAACUUUGCUCAAAGAAAACAUUUACAGCCUGUCCUCAGAUCUUCAAUGACCUUUUAUUAAAGUGCACAGAGCAAUGUUUCCAAGCCCAGCUUCCCAUAUUGUGCUUAUUCUUUAUUCUCCUUUUUCAUUAGAAAAUCGAUUAACUUGACCAUGUGCGUUGACGACGUAUUAUACCGCAAAUAGAAUUGCUGACUUUCUCUGUAAUCCAUUUAUGCUGAUUCAGGGUCCUUGUCCCGGCCAAGCUAUUGUGCAUUUUUAGGGAAGUACGUCAAGGCUGAAUGUGACAUGAUGCACAGGAAUUCCUCAACAAUCUCUCAGGGUCUUCGAGUGCAUUUAUCCCAAUGCAGCAGAAUAGCAUGUCUGUGCAGCACACCACCAGUUUCUGUUUUCCAAAGUCAGCCCAAAAACUGCAAUAAUCGAAAAUAGAACAAAGGACGACCGUGCUAAUAUUCUAGCAUUCUGAUAGUCUGACAUUCUGAUAUAAAGAGAUACUGUUUAAUUAACGAUAAAGAUAUUCCCAUAUGGUUUAAGAGCAAUGCUUGGAUAUAUAAACCUCUGUCUAAAGCUGUUUAUUUGUAUAGAAAAGCUAUGUCUACAAAAAUAUACUUUAAAAUAAUACGGCAUUUGAGGUUUUGUAAAUAAAUUAACUAAGCUGCAUUUUUGCGGUUUGAAUAUCAAUACUUUUUAUAUGAUAAACGGCAGAGGGUGUAUUACGCUGUUCUAUGAAGACCAGUCCAUGACAAGAGCAGGCUGGCCAUACACCAUCACUGAUUCUGUCCCUGUAAGUAUUUUACUUGACUUUUUUGACUAUUAUUAUUUGUAAAGCGCCAACAUGUUCUGUAGAGCCGUACAAUAGGUGGACUAACAAGCAGUUAGAACAAGACAUUGUGGAUGUACAGGAACAGAAGGCACGAACAGAGCCCACCUGAAGCAAGCUUACAUUCCAAGGAGAGCGAGGUAAAUCACACAAAAAGUAAGGGAGAAAACAGGGUCGGAGCGAGAUGAGGUAGCACGUGUUUGCUGCAUCCUCGUGGAUUGCGUCUGAGGGAGCGAUCGAAGGAACCUAAUAGGAGGAAAGAGUUUGUCCGUCUUACCGGCGGCGUAAACCAGGGUGCCUCUUGGAGCGUUGCGAGGAAAGGACCUGAUGCCACAUGGAGAAACAGUAACAGGGUGAUGCACCGGAUAGAGGCGUAGAUGGUCACCACGGCGGACAGAUCUAACAGAGCCUGGCAUGGAAGAGUGUAUCCAGCGUGAACAUACGCACUGACAACAGGAAAUUCGCAAGUUGGGACUUACCCUCUCGAAUUAAGUGCUAAUUGUACAUUACUUGCUACACUUAUUUUGUACACACUGUUAAUUAAUACUACAGAGGUUAGUAGAAAUAAAGAGGUGAAAGUGAAGGGAGAGCAACAUAUGAUUCAGAGACUACCUAAACUAAUCCCUGCCCAUAGCGAGGAAUAGAUUGUAGCUGUUCUACAGUGUGCUAAAUUAAUGAGCCAAGUGGGUCUGCAUCAGCACCUGACUUUCCAGGUGGUGCCUGAACUUUUUUGUAUCAUAUUACCACAACAUCUUGCACUUCUAUCCAAAUUUAGCUAUUUUAGUUCUGUUCCAUCAUCCCAAAAAAGAGAAGGGUGGGGGAAAAAAGCAAGCACAAGGGUUCGAACAACAGAAAAAAAAAACAAUAAAAUAUAAAGGCGUACCGGGAUAGAGAUCUGAAGGUGUGUGGGAAGAGAAGGAUUUAGGUAAAAAUAAAACAAGUUCUAAAAGUUUACUACACAAAAAAGUUAAGACAGCAAUAGCCCAAAGCACAUAUAACCUCAAGGAAAAGAAUAAAUAAAUUAGACUAUAAGUACAAAACUAAAACAAAAUGGCUACAAAAAAAAGACACAAAACGGCAAGCACUUAAAAGAAGCCGGAAAAUAAAACAGAAAAACGCCUUUCCUUCUUUUCACAAAAUCCAUUAAUCAAUAAAACAAAUCUGGAGGAAUCGAUUCUCUCAAACAUCCCGUUAGAAGAAGGAAUUAAUGAAAGGACAAAUGGAGGAAAACCAAGAGUCAAGACAGAGAUGGAAGAAAUGAAUAUGACUAUUUACUUAGUCAUAUAGACACACAAUUCGGGAAAUGAAAUUAAUUCAAAAUUCUAUGGGCUGGAACACAAGGAAAACGUCCACAAAGAAGAACAUCUGGCGCUAGAGAAAAAGAUGGCUGACAUGGAGGACAAAUUGAUAGACCUGGAAGACCGGUCAAGACAGAAUAAUUUAAGAAUUAGAGGACUACCAGAACAAAUAAAUCUAAAAAAAUCUGGAACCAUGUAUAGAGGAAUUCUGUAAACACUUGAAGGUGGAAUGGGACCCCAUAAUUCCCAUAAUGGAAAGAUGCCACAGGGUGAACAAACCUAAAGGCGUCCCAGAACAUCUCCCAAGGGACGUGAUGAUAUGCUGCGCCUCCUCUAAAAUCAAGAUGCAAAUUCUGAGAGCCAUAAGAAGUAAAGAAUGCCCAGAAAAAUAUGAAACAUUAAAAAAUAUUCCAGGAUUUGUCAUGGCCAACCAGACAAAAAAGGAAGAUCUUUUCUGAAGGCACACUAAUCCUGAGACAGAACAAUAUUAAUUAUCGUUGGGGGUUUCCUACGAAAAUGAUCAUAUCACACAGGGAAACUCACCUACAUUAAUGAUGCACAUGACCUGAAAAGCUGGUUAAAUAAAAAUAAAAUCGGAAACAGCCUUAUCCAGCACUCAACAAAUCGGGAUGUCCUAAAUAUAUGAAGAAGGGGAAGAGGGAGGGGGAAGGGAAAUGAGAGAGAAUGACGAGAAAUAAGUAUUGGUGGUAUGCAACUUUCUAAUUAAGAAAGAUAAUUUAUUUUAUUUUUUUAUUUAUUUGUAACAGUAUUAGGGGACAAGGGGAUUAAUGGGGUAAUAUAAACAAUAGUAAUUUUAGGAAUUUAGGAGAAACAAAGAAACACAAAUUAAAGAAUAUUAGAUUAUAUUAAAAUCUGAUCAAGCAGGCAUUUACCAAGAUAAUCAAUGCACAAACUGAAGGAAAAUUAUCCUCAUUAGGAUCGCAAUAACAAGAAGGAAAUGAAUUAAGAGACACUGAAAAGGUUAUAUUAAAGUUAAAGGAAGAAGCUAUAAAAAACAUAGAAAGGCACAUACUUACAUAGGGGGAAAGAAAGUUAAGGGUACGGGAACAAGUGAUAAGUUUAAGAAUAACACAAGCAUUGCACAAUGAAAAGAAGGAAAUAGUGAGAGAAUACUUCUAUAAUAAUUUAUGCAAUAAUAUGAUGAAAGUGUGACGGGUUUAGAUUAAUAAGAUUUCCUUUACCAUUUGUUAUACCGUGUUUUGUUUUCUCCUUCUACAAGUAGUGCCUCUAGCUAGGCUCAUCUCACAUCGACUACCCUCAGCACGCCUUUCCCACGGGAUACGUCGGACCUGUAUCUGGGUGAUGUAUUUUAUUACUUAAGAUACAGUAUGGCGGGGGUUUUCCGUUAAACAACAAGCUAUUCACAUUAGCCAACAUCUAUGCACCAAAUAAUCUAUGCUACAAUAAAAUUUAUAACAAAAGUGUUUCAAAAUACAAAGCGUUUCCUGUCUGAUAACCAUGGACAGAUAUGAGCGUUUUCUUUAGAAAAAAAUUAAGAUAACACAAACUCUUGCAGAACUGAUCAUGUAGAUCUAAACGGGGGCAAGGGGACAAUUUGGCAAACGCCUUGCACUCUAUUCUAAAACAGAAUAUAACCCUACCAUGUAGAAAAAGGAUAAAACAGCAAUUCCGUGUAGAGAUUGAGGUUCAGGGAUACCUAAAAUAAUGAAAAUGACAAUGUUCCCACAUACAGAAUUUUAUUAAUUUCUUCAAUAUGGUGAUGGAUAAAAUGUUUUGGCGAUGAUGCGAUAUCCCUUAUCUGGCCUCAUUUCACACAGGGACAGAAUAUUUAUCCAUCAGUAACAUUCGGUGCCACGAAAGGUCAAACAGCCGGCUUCGUGGAAAGAAUAUAACAAAAUGGCUCCACCCAGAUAAUGUCAUACGGCAAAAAUAUAAAAAGAUAAUCGUUAUACAUAAAGGCAAGCUUCAAAGAGGGGAUAUAAUCAUUAAGAUACAGCGGGCAUAUGGAAAACAAAACUGAAAAAAAACAGAUCCUCCCUAAUGGGAAUAUUUCUUCAAUAAAUAGGUCUUCUUGGGAUAUUUUAGCUUCAAUUCGUCAAUGUGCGCUCCCUCCAGAUUAUAUAAACAAUGUCAGAUUGCUGUUAAUCUGUCAUGUGGGAGAAAGACUGAUUAAAUAGUUUAAAAUAUAUUAUCUCUGCAGAGAGACUAGAAGUUUCUAUUUCAAGGACCACCAAAGUCACCCAGAUCGCUUCAUCUAAACAAAGUGGUCUGGGUGCAGUGGCCCUGUACGUUUAACCCUUUAAGGUAAAACAUUGAUGUUUUGUAGAUUGGACAAUGUAUACCCUGAAUGGUUAAACACGCCAAUUGAGGAGCUUCCAAUGCAUUGACUGUGUAAAAGAUGUACAUCAGGUCAACUAAUGCUCCACUUUGAGGAUCAUUGGACUGGACCAUCGCUGGAGGACACCAUUUCUCCUUGAUGUCUCUAAUUUGGUAUUCGCUAAAGUUACUAAUAGAAUAAAACCUUUCCUUGUAAAGGAGACCAAUUUCGACAAAGAGGCCAAAGAGUAAGGUGGCUCUGUGCAAUGCUGGUUUCCUGCCCUGACUGCAGAUUACUGCCACCAGAAGAAACAAUUCUAUAGAUUAACAUAAAUAAUUUCAUUCUAAGUGUAUUUAUAUAUUAUUUAUAUAUAGUUAUAUUAUUUUAUUAAUUAUAUAUUGAGACCUGCCUAAAAAAGUCACAAAGUCCACAUAAUUUAAUUUGCAGUCCCUAUACAUAACACUGUAACUUUCCAAAACACCAUAAAAUCUGUUAUAUUCAGAAUAUGAGCGUUUUAAAGCAGUAAAACGUAACUCAAUGAUGAUAUCAUCAGUAAAAGUGCAGCUGUUGUGUGAAAAAUGCAAAAAAACAAAUCUGAACGCAAAUUUGGCCAGUGUUUGUGACAAAGUGGCUACUGAAAAAGACUGGACAUACCCCAUUUUGAAUACCCUGGGUUGUCUUGUUUUACAAAUGGUGUGCCAUGAUUGGGGUAAUUCUCAUUCCUGGGCUGCCAUACGGUCUCAAAUCCGGCAAAUUUCAAUGUGUAAAAACUGAAAAGGGGGGACGUGCUAUAUUUAACCCCUUAACCUUCCAAAACACCGUAAAACCUGUGAAUGUCGGCAUUCUUUGGGCUCUUGGCUAGAAUCCCGAUACCUUACCUGGAAGGAUCUUUAAAAACCUUGAUUACAUUUUUUUUUCCUAUUACUUCUAAAACCAUUGAAUUAGAGACUGCCUGAGGCUGGAGAGUGAUCCAGACAGGUCUAGAAUAACAGACGUGAGAUACAAUUAAUCUCCUGUUUAAUUAUAUUAAAUUACUGGUGUCUAAAAGCAUAGAAAGACACUCACUUUGAUAUAAUAUGAGGAAAAACAGAACGCUCUAAAUCAAAAGAAUCUUCAAAGAACAGCUGUCCCAAACGAGAUAAAAGCAUCUUGAAUCCAGUACAAAAACGUAUUUUUAUUGUUUGGUUUUUUUUAAGGUUUUUUUUGUGUGGUCAUUUUAAGAAUGCUAUCCGUGAUGUGCCUAUUUAAAAUGUACUGAUAUAGGCUCCAGGCAGUCUGCGGCAUCAUAAUCAUUCACUAGAAUGAGUCAUUACAAAAUACAGUGCUGUGUGUAUUUAUACAUGUCAUGACUACCGAAAACAAAAUAUUAGGGAAUGGUGUAAAAUAACAGCAAAAAAACCAAAAUCAAUGACUUCUUCAAAGUUCAUUUAUCAUCGCAAGGGCUCCUCCAAGUAUGUUGUUAUGUGUGUAUUUAUCUAGAUUUAUAGAUAGAGUAGACAGACGGACAGAAAAUAUAAAUAUAUAUAUAUAUAUAUAUAAAACAGCACCAACAUAUUGUGUAGCGUUGAUACUAUUUAUGAAAAUGAUGUGUCUGGACACAAUGUUUCUGUCUGGACACGGUGAAACGUGACCUUAAUCUUUCCCGCACACAAGGAAGUAAAUUGACAAACAUUAAUUCUUCCACCUUGCUCUGUCAAGGCUACAUGGGACUUUCCACGACCGGCCUGUAACUGGGAAAUGGAAUUCAUAAAUAACAAUAAUAUAAAUAAACAAUGACAGAGAGAGUCUCUGAAUGUAAACACAACUUCAUUUAACAGUCACUAAAAGUUAAAGUGACCCGGUUAAGUCAGAAGUUGAACGUUCGUGUUCUGAGGUUAUAACAAUUUAUACGCCAGAGGCAGGAGGAAAACCACGGAAAACUCUCUCUCAAAUGUGCCCUGAUCGCAGUCUCUUCUGCCUGAAUUUAGCCAAUAGGUUGGUUAAUAUUCUAGACGUUAAGCUAUUUAUAUUUCACUUGUAAUCGUUCGGGCAUGACACAGAUUUUACCUACCCAGCUGUUCUGCUCAACAUGUCUGAGGUCACUAAAAUGUGAUGCCAUUCCUCAACACCCAUAGUCACUGCUGCCAAAAUAAAUAUUGUGGCUGGCAGAGGAGCUGUUUCCCAUGAUAGAUGAUGAGUGGAUCAAUUUUCCCAGAUGCCAUAGAUCGUAGCCAUUGGGUCUCCAUACCAGUACGACAUAUAUCUCAGAUUUGAAGAUCCACUGGAGCAUUUCAGCAAUGCAUAGUAGACUACAGGUUUUGAAAAACGGUAUUAGUCAAGAUGCCGAAUAAUAGAAUAUUGUAUUAUGUUAUUAUACUGCUUUUCCUGACGAACCGGAUAUGGAACAACCGGCUUUUAGAAAAUGGACCCUUUAUCAAGUCUAAAGCGUUUCACCAGCUUUAGAGAGACACAGUAAAUAAAAUAAGCUUUAUUCAAUACAUCUGCUAGUACAUGUGUCGAUAAAAUGAUCACUAUGAAACAUAAUUCGAUCACACGCCUCCUGUCCCUUCAAUUGGCAUCUCGUACAAUAUGGCGUAAAGGAAAGCCAGGAUCUACCAACAGUCAAGUUGUACAUUAUAAGUAAAGGGGGCACAGCUAAGACUCUGCCAGGCAAUUCACAUUCUUCAGAAAGAAUGGCCAUAAGAUAAAAUACUCUCUUUUUAUUUCUCUGACAAUAUUUUGCAAUUUAGUUCAAAUCAUUUUCAAAAUACUAAAAUCACCAAGACCUAGCCGGAUUUGGAUUCAUGAUUUUAUUAUAUUGAUAACAAAACGUGUGACUUUUCCUCUACAAUUCUUUAAGAUGACUCAGUACAAGCUGUCUACUGAUAUCAUGAAGCCAAUUGUAAACCAGUAAAAUGAGCGCAGAAUUGUAACACUACACCAAUGGGAUAUGGUGACUGCUUAAUGUCUUCCCUAAAACCACCAGACUGAAUUGUUUACCUGCAUUAAAGUUGCUUAAUUUGAUAUUUAGAAAUAGUUUAUAUUUUUUAUUAUACUGAUAUUUUGUGCCAGAUAAGCAGCGUAGUGGGAAGAACAUAUUUUGACGAUAACGCUUCUUCGAUACAAAGUAAAUUAUAGGAGAUUAUUAUAUACUCUACAAAAAAAAAAAGACAACACAAAAAACAAAACAAAAUCGAGAUGGAGAAUGCUAAAGCCUUGGAAUGCAAUGUAAAAGAGUUUAAAAUUUCCCAAAAUAGAACAAAAACCAGCCUGAGGAUCUUUAUCUUCUAUGUAGCAGGUAAUAAGAUAUAUAUCGAAAUGCAGGGGAAUCUACUGAGUAAACGCAUUACAGUUCUAAAAAGCGGUCGAUGCUCGGGUCAUGAUAAACCCGGUUCGAGGUGACUGUGUAUUCAAAGUUUAUUUAAGAUGUCGGUUUUUAAUUCUCGAGCAAGCAGCUUAUUCAAAUGUUAGUCAGCUUGGUUUUGCAGAGAAUUUUUCAAUCCGUAGAUUGUUUUACCGGAAAAUGUGGACUAUUGAUUUUGGCAGUUCAUGCCCUAACAUUUGGACAACCUUGACCUCACAGGUGUUCUAUUCUGGAAAACGGCAAUUAUGUACAAAAUACCAAAAUAGUCCUGAAUUAACCUCCUUCUCUCUCCUCAUAACAAAUUCUCCAUUCCCUCUCCCUCGCUACUCUUUACCAAAAUUAUAACCUUAGAGUAAGUCAUUGACUAAAAUCUGGCUUUUUUUUUUUUUUUAAAUUCUAUUUGUAUCAAAGGUUUUGAUUUUGGGUGGGGGUGGAGGUACAGAAGAAAAGUGGGAGAGUGUGGGGGGUCAUUACAUUCUUCAUACAUUUUGUGCAGGUUGUAAGUUUAACAAUGAGUAACAAGACAUUAGGCACAUCUUUGGUUAAUUGCCAACAGAGAACCAUUAUGAUGCGUAAGCCUCAACUUGUUUUACAGUUCUGGUAAACACUUAUAGGUACAGUAGGAAAUAUUGGUUAUUUGAGUACUUGUAUCAUAUUGCGAAUGCCUUUCGGUACUUGUAGUGUCUGGGGCGGUCAUGUCUCGUGUGUGUGGUGUUGUUGCGGAUUUCAUCUGUCGAUAGUUCGUAUUUUUCGCGUUUUAUGCGUGUCUUUUCUGGUUUCUAAGUCUUUGUGUGUCUUGGUCGGGGUAGGGGAAUGGUGGUAGUGGGGACAGUGGUUAGUAACUGUCUGUCCUGUCGGUAGACUUAAGGUGUCUUUUGUUGUCUUAUCGUUUAUGUUAGAGGUUCCUCUUGGGGUAGGGGGAGGGAGGGUAUAAGAGGGGUGGGGGGAGGGAAGGUUUAGAAGAUGUGCCGUGGACAGGUGAGGGUGUUGGGGUGAAUGGGGGGUAAAAUCUUGCUUUUUAAUAGAAUUCUGUUUAUUUAUUUUGAGUUAGGGGAGACUCACUUCUUGUGAUUUCAUUUCUCCUAAACUCUGCCAGGGAGGGAGAGAAAUUCAAAUUUAGGGAAAAAAUGUCUGACUUGACUCUGCUUCCAGUCGAGCUAUUGUCCGUUUAGUUAAUAAUGCUGGGUGUAAUUCAAUCAGUUUGUGUUGUUAUUGCUUAAUGUGCCCUUUGUCCUAUUUCUGGAUUGAUUGUAACACAAUAGGUCAACACAUUCUACAGAUAAAGUGGAAAUCCCACGCUUCUAUUGUUUCUACUUUGAAUUUCAUAUAAUGUCUUUAAACAUUUUCCGGAUAUUGAACAGUCAUGAAAUGUUCCAUUAAUUAUCUAUCCACAAAAGGCCACUUCUUCAUUUUAAGAACCCGAAGGUUUCCUGCAACAAUUAAAGGGGAACUGUCAUUUCCCACGGUUCUACUUAUUCUAUUUACUUAUCUUUAUAUUUAACAGAUUUGUGUUUGUGAGGUGAGAAAAAAUAAAAAAAAUGUAAAAAUUCCCACGUUUUAUGCUGUAACUGGGCGUCUCCAUCUUAGCUCCCCGUCAGCCAUUGUAAUAAGGUCUGUCCCUUGCACCUGAUGGUCAGCACAGAGAGAGCAGACAGAGACAAGGAGAAAUUGAAGAAUUUCUUUUUUCUUCUGCAGUCUGCGACCUGGCAUUGGCUUGAAUUGACUGACAAUUGAUGUACUUUGCCGUAUGUUUAAUAUAAAUAUAAAAGGAAACGGACCAUCUUGUGAAUAAAAGUAGAAGAAACUUCUUAAAUGAUUUGUGUUUUCAGCUAUUAAGGGACAUGAGGCUCUGUAACCAUUUCAUGUCACUAAAUUGAGUUGAACUUGGUUAAAAAUGGUUUAACACUAAAAUAAAGGAUGGGGACAGUGGACUCCAGACACUAUAACCACUUCAAUGAGUUGAGGCAAUUCCACGGCUUUCACUGUCCCUUUAAGAAAAAGAAAAGAAAGCAGCCUACUUGUUUUUAAUAAAUGCUCAGUUGAUAUUUUAUGGAUCCAGAAAAGUACUUCUUCCAGCGUAGACAAUGAUCGGACUGACAGAUUUAAUGUUUCUUUCGCUCAGGAGGUUCUGAGUUCUGGUAACUGGUUCACUUUCACUAAAGAGAGAAUUUUCGGGAAUUCAUUGUGAAAUUCACAUUUAAGGCCAAAAAAAGCCAAACUGGUAGCAUAUCUGACUCGGAGAAUGCUUCCACUUCGCCUAUUUUGGCCUUAAAUUUGAAAUUCACUUUGAGUUCACUUUAAAUUCGAAUAACGACAAUAACCCUGAUAUUUUAACGAGAGCUGCUGAAGAAUGAUUGGUUGUAUGACUGGGGCAGGUUAGUACUAAAGGACUUUUUUUUUUAAAUUAAAAAAUGCUUAACUUUUUGGGGAAGACAUAAAGCGGUCACCAUAUCCCAUCCCUAUCUCUGUGAUUCCGAAAGUGCCGUGCUUUUCUAUAGAAACAUAGAAUGUGACGGCAGAUAAGAACCAUUUGGCCCAUCUAGUCUGCCCACAUAGUUUGGGUAUAAUUUGUCUCUAUGCUGUGCUGCAAAUUCAUAUGGCAAAUAAAAUAUAGGUCACUUUGUGGUUGUGUUGCCACAUCUGCAAGGAAGAUCUUUGUGCUGUGAAUCUUGAUUGCUUUUUGCAAUUAAAAGAAGUAGAAGCACUCAGUUGGAUAGUUGUAAAUAGUGCUCCUCUAAUUUCCUCUAUACUGUUCCUGUGUCCAGGUCAGAUGUAUAUGGCCCAUCUUACAGAAAAUCAUGUCUUUGUUUGUUUCGUGAUGGUCCUCACGUUAUUCAGGGGCUUUCCAACCAACUUCAGUUGGAUCGGACUUCUGUUUCCUGUACGUAGUCUGCCAUCCGUUGUCUUCGUACAGCCCGACAUAUGUUCCCAUUGAUUAAACAUAAGGUAAAACACCAUAAUAGGGUCUGAUUUCCUAACUAUUCUUUUUGGAGUGGAAAGCCUUCAGCAAAACUCUUUUUUGUCCAGUUGAGCAUUGUUAGCAAGAAACGUUAUAUUCCUUAACCAUGGUUUGUUUAAUCAUUGUUGAAACUGGAAACUUUUUAGUCCUCCUUCUAAGUAUGGUAUCCCCUCUGAGCUGCAUGGUGGCCAGUUUAAGUACCGUUUUCUCCAUCCUUGGAAGACGAGUGGUGCCUGAAAGACAUGUACAUUUCACGUUUCUCUUUGUCGGGUCUCAUUCAUUUUCAAAGAAGCCUUUUGUUUAGUUCAGAAUUCAAAAUCUAUUCUUGUAACAGUAACAAUUCAUGAGGUACUUUUACUAAAAAUAUCUUCCGUAAUUCUCUUGUAUUUUUGUUUGUUCGCCAUCAACUCCCACUCGUAAAAAAACAAAUAACCUGCUCUCCCACCACAACACCAAAUCACAACAACAUGUUAGUUAGAGGGCUAGGCCGAAAAUUUUAUUUAGAAAAAUAUGUUCACUGUUCUCUGUGCUGAGAAAACUCUAAUAAAAAGUUAAUUUGGAAAAGGUAUGCAAGACAAAAACAAUAAUAUUUUAAUGCUGUUGCUUCAGACAGUAAACCCAUUAAAGGAAUUGAAGAAUGCUCAGGAUGUGUAUAAGGCUAACACAGUAAAGGAAUUGAAGAAUGCUCGGGAUGUGUAUAAGGCUAACACAGUAAAGGAAUUGAAGAAUGCUUGGGAUGUGUAUAAGGCUAACACAGUAAUGGAAUUGAAGAAUGCUCAGGAUGUGUAUAAGGCUAACACAGUAAAGGAAUUGAAGAAUGCUCGGGAUGUGUAUAAGGCUAACACAGUAAAGGAAUUGAAGAAUGCUCAGGAUGUGUAUAAGGCUAACACAGUAAAGGCAUUGAAGAAUGCUCGGGAUGUGUUUAAGGCUAACACAGUAAAGGCAUUGAAGGAUGCUCGGGAUGUGUUUAAGGCUAACACAGUAAAGGCAUUGAAGAAUGCUCGGGAUGUGUUUAAGGCUAACACAGUAAAGGCAUUGAAGAAUGCUCAGGAUGUGUAUAAGGCUAACACAGUACUGGAAUUGAAGAAUGCUCAGGAUGUGUAUAAGGCUAACACAGUAAUGGAAUUGAAGAAUGCUCAGGAUGUGUAUAAGGCUAACACAGUAAAGGAACUGAAGAAUGCUCGGGAUGUGUAUGAGGCUAAUAAAGUAUAUUAAUUAGAGAAUGUUUUGGAUAUGUAUAAGGUAGUCAUUUCAGCUUGUCAUAUUUUCUACAUAUCUCUCUUCAGGCCAAGUGAAGGUGCAGCUUGUGCAAGGAGACAUUUCAUGUUUGGAUGAUGUGCGUGGCGCACUGCGAGGGAGCCAUGUUGUUAUACACACUGCCAGCCUAGUGGACGUUUGGGGACGUGUGCCAGCUGCCAAGGUCACAGAGGUCAAUGUGAAUGGUAAGACGUCAAAGCAAAUGGUCAAUUUACAGUUAUUAAUACUAAUGAAGUGUUACCCUAGAUCUGUAGUAGGCAACCUUCAUCGGUCGUGCUCACAUUAGGAUUAUUCAAUGCUUUCAUAUGGGGAUUCUGGUGACGCUGGAGGUCCUCAUGCAUAGCGUGAGGAUAUCCAGCGUCAUUUAGGCGACCAAAAGUCACCUUGAAGCCAGGAAGUCCCUCUAGUGGCUGUCUGGUGGACAGCCACUAGAGGGGGAGUUAACCCUAGCAGGUAAUUAUUGGAGUUUAUAAAAACUGCAAUAAUUACAUGCUCAGGGUUAAGGGUGAUGGGGCAAUGAGCUGAAGUUGUCUGGGUGCCUACAGUGUCCCUUUAAUUUCAGGGUUAAAAAAACCCUCACCAUAUAUCUGUAUCCACUGGGAAUGCGGGCAGCCGUACAUAUGAAUUUAAUUCACCAAACCAACUUAAUGUGACACAGAAUUCCGCAUGUGGAUGAAAAGCUGUUGUUCGACUAUUCAUGGAAAACAUUCACAAAUGUGACCUUUUUAAAUCCCCAAGUGCUGGGUGGAGGAGACAGAUCAAGUGCUGCAAUUUCCUGCACAGUAAAACAACAUAAUUUAAUACCAGUUCCCUUGUUUUGAGUUUGCUAGUCAGACGUCUACUAAAAGAGCCUCCCUCCCCCAUGUUACUAAUGCCACCUGUUACAGGAACAAGUGGGCUGGUUUGAGAGCAGAUACAAAUAUUUUCAUAAACUCUACAUUUCCUCAAAGAGGGCCCAUUGAACAUUUAAUCUACUGCCCCCUUAAAUAAAUCUCUGUUUGUAGGGACGGAAAAUGUGCUCCAGGUGUGCGGCGAGGAAGGGAUCCAGUACCUGAUCUAUACCAGCAGCAUGGAGGUUGUAGGUCCCAACCAACAUGGAGAUCAUUUCUACAGGUAUUUGGGACAAACCAUUUUCACUCUGCGCACGCUAACAGAAAACUGCGCCAACGCUAAUGGGUUUUAUCACUGAACUAAAACGUGUCAAGCUAUUGACAAGGGAACCGCAAAAUCUGGGCCAAAAAGAAUCAUGGUCCGUAAUUUCCCCCCCCACUAUUAUCGUUUAUUGUCUAAGGCCUUAACAGGAAGGUACUGGAAAUUGGAAAUCUGCACUCCCAAACAUACCUGCAGUUUACAUACAAAUCUAUGGACAAGCUGAGCAUUUUCCUACUAAUUACAGGUGUGAUGGUGUAGGAGGGAAUAUAUUCAUUUAUUGCAAGACGAAACAGUCCAUAAAAUCUAUAAUACUGUAUAAAUAGUUUUUAUUUCCUCAAUAGACAAAUUAAGAAAAUAAAUAUCUAUAUUUUUUCUGUGUGGUUAAUUUAUUAUAGUGAAUUACAAUAAAUUGGAAAGCAAAUGCAAACGUAGAGCCAAGAAACUCUGAUUCGGAAAAAUGUUCUCACGUUUUGGGUAAUUUUUGCCCAUGUUUUGCAACAUUCUUUCAAUUUGCUUCAAUAACCCCCAUUGUUUAAUGUGUUAGCAAUGCAUCCUGUUUUAAUGAGUAUUACGUUACUUUCCAUUACACCUGGAUUUGUGUUCUGUGAAGUACUGGGCAGUGAAGGAGUUACGUUGUAUUAGCUGUUUUGAAUUCUGUUUGACCACACACAGAGUGUGCAGAAUCUGUGCAGCUCGCCACGUGGGGCGCACGCUGCCGCUUCCAAAAAGACCGGGUCAGAGACAUCUGUGGUCAGUUAAUGCCAAGAAAAUAAAAUUCCACAGGGUUCCAAGAGAUCAGCCAGCAUGAGGUCUUAAGGCUUGCAAUCACAGUUUCCUUAAUAAUGCGAAACACACACACAAAAACAGAUAAAAAAACAGCAACUUUUUAACAACAUUGACUUGAAGAGACAUUUUAAAUGAAGCUGCAAAAUGGCAUUUCUGUACCUUUGAUUAUAUUUCAAACAUUUAAAAGUAUAUAUUUGAAAUCGCUGUUUUGUUCUUUCAUUUGCGUUCUUUUAAAUAGAACUGAAAAUCUGUUUGUAAUAACGUUUGCUGUUCAUUACCAAUAGGUUGUUUAUUUCUUUAAAGCACAAUUAUUCCGCUGUAGUUUUAAGGAGUCCGUUCUAAAACAGAGGCCAUACUGGGAAAGCCUUUCCGUGUUUCCAGAGUAAAACCAGCUAUAAAAGCAGCCAGGUUAACACAGUAGUUAGAUUUAUAUUUUCCAUCCUUGUGCUGCGUUCAGAACAUGUCAUGGAAUAUAAGAACAAAAAGGAAGAAAACUCUGUUUAACUCUCUCCAUCCCGUUUAAUGCUAUUAGAGAGACACACUCUAGGCACCAUAAACACCACAGCUUAUUGAAGUGGUUAUGGUGUUAGGAGAGGGCUUAAGUCCCAUGCUACUAGCCAGGCCUAAAAGUUAAUUGCCAUUGCAAACCUAGAUGGGCCAUAGUGCAGUCACCUGGGGUGAAUUUCUAGUCUCCAAUGGCUACUGGGCAAGUGGAAACUGUUAUCAUUUUGUGAAAAUAUAAAAGGAAUCAUGAAUACAUAAAGGGAAUCAACACAGUAAAGGAUGAGACUAUAUUUAAAAGAAGAAAACUACCACAACAAGAGGACAUAGUCUUAAAUUAGAGGGGCAAAGGUUUAAAAAUAAUAUCAGGAAGUAUUACUUUACUGAGAGGGUAGUGGAUGCAUGGAAUAGCCUUCCAGCUGAAGUGGUAGAGGUUAACACAGUAAAGGAGUUUAAGCAUGCGUGGGAUAGGCAUAAGGCUAUCCUAACUAUAAGAUAAGGCUAGGGACUAAUGAAAGUAUUUAGAAAAUUGGGCAGACUAGAUGGGCCGAAUGGUUCUUAUCUGUCGUCACAUUCUAUGUUUCUAUAAAACGGGGCUUAAAAGCAGAGCUCACUGUCAGUCUGAGUCAGGAAUGACAUCUCUCAAUUCCCAGCAUUCAUAGCAUGCUGACAUGUUCUUAUCAUAUUAAAAGCUCAAUAAGAAUAACAUGACGUUGCUCAUGUAACCGAGUUUAAGAUUUCUCCAGCUCUGACUAAUACAUUCUAUCUAGCGUUACUGAGGGUAGGAAAGUGUAUAACCAUUAUGUUAGAAUCCAUCGCAAGGAGUCAAUUCAGUAUCCUCAGGAAGGUUAUUGAUUAAAUCUAAUUAAUAUAGAGUCCAAUGGAACCAUUAUCACUUUAUGUCAGUUCACAGUCACAGCAAAACCUAGCCCCCCGGGACCUCUUCCUCUUUCACAAUACCUGGCCCUUUCUGCAAUACAAAGCAUGUGUUACGCUGGAUAACGCCUCUCCUGCUCUACACACUAAUCCUCUCUACUUUUUCCAGGGGAAAUGAAGACACAAAAUACAGAGUUUUUCACAAACAGCCUUAUCCUCUGAGCAAGGCAAAAGCAGAGAAACUUGUCCUCCAAGCCAACGGAAGGAAGGUAAUACCCUCCGUGACAGCUAGGUGUCAGUAGAGUACCUUACACAGUACAGACAUUAUCCAGGUCCAGAGGUGUUGGUGAUCACAUACCAGUCUAUUAUUAUUAAAUGCCAAUAUAUUGUGCACCACUGGACAAUGGGUGGAUUGCACAUACCGAUAAUUGCAGCAAGACAACCGGUUUAUCAUAUUAUGGGCUGUAAUUCACACAAAUCCCACCCAAUGUGUUGACUUUUAAAGGGACACUAUAGGCAGCCAGACCACAUCAGCUCUUUGAAGUGGUCUGGGUGCACCGCCCCUGUCAGUUUAACCCUGCAAUGUAAUUUAUUUAUUUUUUGGUUGCCUGACGCUGGACAUCCUCACGCUAUACAUUUGAAUGCUUGUAAUUCACACAAUUAACACAAAGGGAAAAGAGACCAGAUUCAUUUAGAAAACAGUUGUUUGUAAUUCAUAAAGUGACCACAGAGGGGCAUCAUAGUACAACAUGCAUUUAACAAACUACAUUGCGCUAACAUUAACACACUAUAUAAAAAUAUUGUUUAUUCUAUUGCAUUUUAAAGACAAUAAUAUGUCAGCUUAAAGUGCUUAUAGCAAACACGUAUUGGUAUGUAACAUUACUAUUGGGGUGCAUCCUGUAGUUAGAUCAUCAAAUAAUGUACAUAUGUUUAGUUUUACCUUGUUUAGUUUAAAGGAACACUAUAGUCACCUAAAUUACUUUAGCUAAAUAAAGCAGUUUUAGUGUAUAGAUCAUUCCCCUGCAAUUUCACUGCUCAAUUCACUGUCAUUUAGGAGUUAAAUCACUUUGUUUCUGUUUAUGCAGCCCUAGCCACACCUCCCCUGGCUAUGAUUGACAGAGCCUGCAUGAAAAAAAACUGGUUUCACUUUCAAACAGAUGUAAUUUACCUUAAAUAAUUGUAUCUCAAUCUCUAAAUUGAACUUUAAUCACAUACAGGAGGCUCUUGCAGGGUCUAGCAAGCUAUUAACAUAGCAGGGGAUAAGAAAAUCUUAAUUAAACAGAACUUGCAAUAAAGAAAGCCUAAAUAGGGCUCUCUUUACAGGAAGUGUUUAUGGAAGGCUGUGCAAGUCACAUGCAGGGAGGUGUGACUAGGGUUCAUAAACAAAGGGAUUUAACUCCUAAAUGGCAGAGGAUUGAGCAGUGAGGCUGCAGGGGCAUGUUCUAUACACCAAAACUGCUUCAUUAAGCUAAAGUUGUUCAGGUGACUAUAGUGUCCCUUUAAAAACAUUGUGCUUAGUUUUACUUUGUGUUUAGUUUUACCUUGUGUUCAGUUUUACCUUGUGUUCAGUUUUACCUUGCGUUCAGUUUUACCUUGUUUUGUUGGUAGAUUAAGGAUGGAAAGACCCUUUACACCUGUGCAUUGCGUCCGACUGGUAUAUACGGAGAAGGACAUGGACUCAUGAAGGAUUUUUAUAAACAAGGGGUGAAGACUGGAGGCCGGGUGUUUAGAGCAAUCUCACCCUCCAUUGAGCACGGACGGGUAUAUGUCGGUAGGUUAAGUUCUGGGUACCUGCAGUAAACCCUCCAUGCAGUCAGUUAUUAUGCAGAUUCAUUCGUCCACCACAGAAUGCAAUACAUCUUCUGUUAUAUUUACAAUCCAUAUUUAACCUAGGACUGGGGUUUGUGACCAAUUAACUUGCCCGUUGGUCAGUUACAUUUAGCUGUCAUAGUGUUUCUUAAACCCCUUGAGGGGCACUGAUGGCUACAAUGAAUGGAACGUGCCUAUGGGCUUUUCCAACACAGUUAUAAGUGUUGGGUUGCUAUUACUCUCUGUAACCCCUCCUGGCUCCCCCUUGGGGAUGAAAAGAGAGAUUAUAGCGAAGGAUCAGUAUGAGUGGAGAGAGAGAGGCUAAUACAGAUGUUGGAUAAAGGGACACUAUAGUCACCAGAACAACUACAGCUUAUUGAAUUUGUUCUGGUGAGUAGAAUCAUUACCUUCAGGCUUUUUGCUGUAAACACAGUCUUUUCAGAAAAAAUGCAGUGUUUACAUUACAUCCUAGUGAUAACUUCACUGGCCACUCCUCAGAUGGCUGUUAGAGAUCCUUCCUGGGUCAUGGCUGCCUAAAAUGCAUCCAAACAUUCAGUAUCUCCUCCCUCUGCAUGCAGACACUGACCUUUUCUCAUAGAGAUUCAUUGAUUCAAUUCAUCUAUAUGAAGAGAUGCUGAAUGGCCAGGUUGGCAUUUGUCUCAACCCCAGGGCCGCCUCCUUGGCUGAGAUCAUCAAACUUGACAAUCUCAGCUAAUCCAAUGCUUUCCAUAUGAAAGCAUUGUGAUAAGCUGAGAUCAUCACUUCUGGUGAUGUCAGCCAAGGAGGCAGAUAAGGGCAGAGCCAGCAGCAGCACACUGGAAUAAAAGCAAGCUUUUACUAUAUUUAGGGGUGCAAGGAGGGGCCAGAUGGUGGUUUUAACAUUAUAGGGUCAGGAAUACAUGUUUGUGUUCCUGACCCUAUAGUGUUCCUUUAAGCAAAGCAGGCUCUAAUCUGAGGCAAGGUGCUAAAUGCUGUGUUGGUUUCCGUGGUGAAUGAUGUAUUAUUGCACUUUGCUCAAGAAUAACACCUGCUGUUGCCUUGAUAAAAAAGACCUGUCAAGAGCCCCAGGUAUUUUGUCUGUGUAUUUCACCCAGUAUUGAACAAGUUACCAUGCUCUUGUCUCCUGCAGGGAAUGUGGCUUGGAUGCAUGUCUUGGCUGCCCAAUAUCUGCAGGAGCGGCCAGAUACCUUGGGUGGACAACAGUAUUUCUGCUACGACCACUCUCCUUAUAAGAGCUAUGAGGAUUUCAACAUGGAGUUCCUCUCGAGCUGUGGAUUCCGCAUGGUGGGAAGCCGCCCGUUGGUGCCCUAUUUCCUUCUAUACCUUCUGGCUCUGUUUAACGCCUUGCUGCAAUGGCUGCUACAUCCAUUUUGUGUCUACGCUCCAAUCCUUAACCCCUACACCCUGUCCGUGGCUAGCACCACAUUCACCGUACAGACGGACAAAGCAGAGAAGCACUUUGGGUACCGACCACUCUACAGCUGGGAAGAGUGCAAGAGCAGGACAAUUACUUGGGUUCAAUCUCUGGAGAAAGAGGGCAAAAAACAUUAGCAAGAGGCAUAAAAUAGAGAUGCCUAGAGCUGAGCAAUGGCCACAGACGCUCAAACCAGUUAGAUACCCGUAAGAUACCAUGAAUGCAAUGAAUGUUCAGUUAGCUAGCAGAGAGGAAUAUAGGAAAUAUAGUCUGAAAGCGGAUAGCUGGAUGGCCAACAAAAAGGAGAGAAAUAAACCUCUAGGACAGGGUAUCAAAGAUGUUAUAGGAUUUUAGAUCCCAUAACAGCUUGGUGGGAAGCACAGCUCUAUCCACUCCCCUUCUAGAUAUGUGAGAACCAUUAUCAACGCUCAAGUGCAACUCCCAUCAUUCCCAGUUACUUUCAAUUCCGUCAUCAUGGUGGUCCACGAAUCAGACUUACUACUCAUGCAGAGUAAACAUGUCUCUGUCACCACCAUAACUUUAGGGGUCUGAGAAAAGCUGAAAUUUAUAAUAGGGUGCUUAAUAUAAAUAUAUAUAUAUAUAUAUAUAUAUAAAAACUAUUAUGUAAUUAUUUAAUACACAAUUGUUUAUUCCUAUUUAUACAGUGUAUAUAUUGUGGCCGGUUCUGACAGUGGCACAGAAUUACCAAUGUUCAGACUGCAUGCUCCGUGUGAUGGAGAGAGUAACAACGAAUACAAUGCAAUGAAACUCCGAGUGUAAGCCAAGUCAAUUGACACGCAGAGCGUUUACAGCUCAGUAAAUACAGCAUUUUCAUGGUCAAGGUGUGCAUUGAUGCUGAUCAGACGUGAUGGUCGGAUAACAAAAUGUUAUGACCCAUUGUUUUAGCUUAGUGGAAUUCUUAUAUGGUAGGAAUGUAUCCACUAAACAAUGAGUUGGAUAAACCAUCUACAAUAAGUAGUGUUUGAAAUAUUACCCAAAUCAGUGGUGCUAUUUUUCACACUAUGUUGGCUUGAAUUUUGAAGCUUGCCUCAACUCACAGUUCCGUGAAUAAACCAGUUAUUUUUAAAUUACAUAAAUGGCGUUAGCCUGGAGGCUCAUUCUUCCAAUAUAAUAUGAUACACCAAAAUAAAUUGUGUAAAACCCCUUCAUUAGACUUUUGUCCGCUGGCGAUGCAAGUGCCGCUGCAUUAAAAGAAAUCUGCCUAGGAUCUGGUGAAUACAAUGUGCCUCUUUCAACCCAAAUUGUGGUUCCUGACCAAGGGGUUCUGAAAACAGUUUCCCAUAUCCUAUAGCUCCUCCAACUGAACUGAACAUGCGUCGGUCUUUGGACGAAGGUAUUAAGUUAGCCGCCGGCCAUGCUUUGCCACAAUAUAUACAUAACAGAAUGUUUAUUUAAUUAUCUAUUUAAUUAUAUUUUGUAUUGUAUCUCUCUGUAUGAGAUAUAUAGACAAUGUAAGUUAACACAGUGAUAUAGGCAGAAUGGAGAGCGAAACGGGUAUCUAUUUAACAGGAAUAUUUUUUACCAAUGAGGGAAUAUGGAAGAAUGUGAUUGGAUGUGGUAAAUUUCCUUGUAAUCACUAUAAUAUAUACCUAUGAUACAGAGAAUUGACAAUGAAAGAUUUAACCCCAUCCCCAAAAAAGGGGAAAUGGAUUAGCUGAGUUAAUCAAUUUUACUGGGUCAAGUGUUUUGGCCUAAAUGUUGCCGUAGCAGCACUACAGAACUAGGGAGAUUACAGACUGCACAUCAUCCUGAACACCUGAUAUUUGGGAAUGAAUGUAACUCCGGUGACCUGUGAUAUAGCUACACUGUUAAUUCUAGACAUGGGAUGGACAUGCACUGAAAUAUCCACUAAACUCAGUCUACAAUAUUCACAUAGAAAAUUAUAUUGUAGGCCAAAAUAUUGGAUUUCAAACUAAAAUUCAUCCCGUAGUUUCUUAUCCAUAGAAUAACUUGGAGGAGCACUCGACCAAGUAAUUGUAGCAAUAAUAUAAAACCAAAAAACACAUUCUGUAUCACAGAUAUUAUUAGAUCGCUAUUCAGUUACAUGGGCUAAGAUUAUGUCAUGUAAUAGGAUCUAGGCCUUAUAUCUGCUGACACCUUCCUGUCAGAAUACUGGAGAUCCCCUUUGGCAGUCACGAGUAUUUCUGUUUCCUCAAAAUCUGAUUUAAGUGUGAUUUUGAAUAUUGUGUAAACUUCUCUUCUGCCAAUUCUAAUAAUUCCUUCUUUUAAUAGAAUUUAUUAGAGACCCAGACGAGUUCCACUAACAGGACAAAUCGGUCCAAGAAUAGUGUAUAUCAUUAUUAGUAUCCUGAGUAAGUCAUAAUUUGUAUUAUUGUUUAUAAAUGACAGAGUAAAGAUUUGGUUUUUGAUGUCAUAUGUCCAAAAAGUCAGAAGGUGGGUUUUACAUAGAAAGUGGUGGAGUCAAAUUCCAGGGGUGCACACUAGCACCCCACUAUUUUAAAACAGACAACACUAAACUUAGAUAUGUAAUUUAACAAUCCAGCUAUAUUUGGCCUAAAAUGUGAAAUAUGCUACAUUCUCCAUGAUUUUAAGCUUACUGAAUUAAACCCAAAAAUUCCAAGGAAUCUCCAUCUCUUCUUGAGAGAUAAUUAUGUAGUCAGAAUUUAUUAGCCCAAUAAUUGCGCCAUAUAUAGUGGCACUGUAGAAAUAGACAUAUAAGUGACAGACAUGGGAUAAAGGUGACUGAGUAAGUGAUUUUGAAAAUUAUCAUUUCUUCCUCCAUUUACUUAAGUAGUGUGGAUACCACCGUCUUCUAGGCCAUUAGGGAUGUGUGCAAUAGAUGUAUUUUUCACACCGUUCUGCAAACCUACAGAGGAGAUUAGCACUUUCAACAGGACCAAAUGUAUCUUUUGAAAUUGACAUUUUACAGAAUUCCAGACCUUGCGUCUCCUGUAAGGAGCUUGCGCCAAAUUGCAGCACCAUAAAUAGAAAUGCAAUAAUAUAAAGAAAUACGCAUCAAUAAAUGUUUUAUUAUCAAACAGAGCGUCCUGUCUAUGAUUUUGAGCGUCAGAAGCAGGAACGAGGGAGAGACCCAGACGCGUUCCACUAACAGGACAAAUCCAGUAUUUGGGUCUUCCAGAGAUGCUUUGUGGUUGGGUCCCAGGAUGAGAAUUUGUGUUUUCUGUUCAGUAAUCACGCAGACAUGCAGUUUUCCAGGGCAAACCUUGUCCUGUGUGCAGCCAGAACCCCCAGCAGCUCUUCUCACGGCAACUUAUAUUACGAAUGUACUCCACUGCACAGUACAAUACCAGCUCUUGUAGGGUUUGGCAUUUUGUAUUAUCAUGUCAUGCCUCUCUCACAACCCUGUGUCCCACAUUCAAUUCAGAAUGAUAAUAGUGUUUGUCCUAGUGAGGACUACUUUAACAUUUAAUGUUUUAGACUGACACCUUGUGGUGUAUUGCAGGAUACUGCAGAAUGUAGAAUGACUAAGGAAUGUUACUGACACCUAGUGGGCACUGUCUGUAUUGCAGGGAUGACAAAAUACUGUUCUAUUUCACUUUCAAACAGACUUAGCUGAAUUAUCUUAUACAAUGUGCUUUGCCAAGAAAAAAAUGUGUUUUAUUUUAACCUGUGUAUGAUGUUUUUUUUUUAAAAAAAAUAAAAAGCCUGGAUCUACCCACAUCCACAGAGAGACAUUCUGAAUAUGAAGCUUCAACUCACCCUGCAUUAUAUCAUUGCUGAAGCCAUAAUAUAAUCUAAAGUUUACCUUUUACGUGUCAGAGCACGUAUUUUAAUAUGGUAUUCACCUCUCUGGUCCACUAAGUGUUAAAUCAAGCAAUUAGCUGCCUGAUACAAUACAAAGUACAUAUACACAGUGUAGACUUACACUAACAGGGACACAAACACACUAAAAUGAUAUCACACAGAUACAGACACACAGUAACACAUCGCUAGAUCUCCGUACACCUAUCCUCUGUUCUUUUAGUUAUAGUAUAGGGCAAAAUUAGCUUUAACCCCUUAAGGACCAGACUUCUGGAAUAAAAGGGAAUCAUGACAUGUCACACAUGUAAUGUGUCCUUAAGGGGUUAAGGAACACUAUCAUGGAAGAAAAAGAACGUGUGUAUCCUAAAUCAUAGUAAAGUCGUUUUUAUAUCUGUUAAUAUGUUAGAAACUACAAAUUACUUGUGUUUAGAACUUUUUUUUUACAUUCUUACCUUCUUCCCCUGAAUAAGAAAAAUAAUCCUAUUUUACCUUACAUUGCAAGCCAUGGACUUUUCCUGAUCCGAGUAAAUCUGUGCAAAGCCAUAAAUUGAGAUCCAAGUCACAGAUUUUUUUUUUCCAAAUUGGACUAUUUGUAUUAAAAUGUACAUUUCAGAUAAUUCAGUUUAGUGAAUAUUCCGGUGAUCGUUUUAUAUUUCAUUUUUAUUAUUUAAC